GUCACUGGGUGUAUCGCCACGAUGGAAUCUCAUUACAUAAGCUGCUGAAUCAGGAGAUCCCCAGUAUUGUGAAUCAAGAUGUUGAUUUCUUCCGUUGUGCCUACAGCGGAAGCAAUAAAUAGGACUACUGUACUCUGUGAUACAGUUUAUUUUUUGGCAUAAUUCACAUUCUUCAUUAUCUGAAGGGAGUAGCUUCACUGCCUUUUGUUUAGAGUGAACCAUUUUAAUCAGCUGAGAAGGAACAAUUUUAAAUAUGGAGAUUAUGGAAGAGGGAAACAUGAUGGAUCGUGUUCGAAUCCUAUUGCAGCGUGAUAUGGCCUAUUACCAGGCUCACCAGACAGUUCUGCAAGAAAAUCUAUGUCCAGGCGUUGUGGGAGGACUGUUAGAUUUCCCACACUAUGCCUCUUUUGCUGCUGUCAAGUUGGUGGCAUGGUGGGAAGAGGAGUAUGUGGCAACAUUUCACUGUGCAUCUGGUUUAUUGGAACAUUCAAGUGAUGAUCCCAUGGGGCAACGAGAAUCUGAAGAUUUAGAUCGAGGUUGUGGAGGCAUUGCUGUGACCAAGACAUCGGUGCCAACUGAGUUUGUGAGUCUUGUUGCUGAUUCAUCAAAGCAGUUGUUGGAACACUUGCAUACCCUCAGCCAGGAAGCCCUUGACCAUGCUGACCUCACUGUGUUGACUGGGACUCUGGGAGCAGCUGCCCUCAUCAGGAACUGCUUGUGGUGCUACAAUGAAAAACUUAAGAAUAAAGAGCAGACACAGUCCAAACAAACUGCCAUGUUGUCACUUCAAGGGAGUUACCGCAAGUACCAUGAGAUGGCAGAAGCUCUGGCUGAGAGGUUGCUGGAUCUCCAUUGUCGCCUGCUUUCACUGUAUGUGCUUCAAGAUGCUGACUGCCUUCAUUGGGAAGAUCCCCACCCCUUUUUUGAAGGAGAGCGUGGGUCUUUUGUUAUUCAGAUGUGGUGGUUAUAUAUGCAAGGUACAAGAGAAGAUUUAUGGAAAACAGUGCCUCCUAAGAUGGCUCAGAGGGUCUUGGCUGGAAUGUUGAAUGAAUCCUUAACAAUUCUGACAGUUCGCUAUACUCAGGCAAUACCAAGCAGUGGACGCAGCCUCCUGUUAGUGACAGAUGUCAGCAAUCUACUGCUGUGUGUGCGACAGAUACUACCAUCAAUAUGCAGUGAUGCCUCUGAGUUAAUAGGGCGCAAUCUCCGGAACAAAGUCUUGCGUGACGUGCAUGCAAAGUGUUAUGAGCUCUUGGUCUGUCUUAUCCUUCGAGGAAGUCCUCUCUCUGCACUCUACAAGGUGUUUCGCCGAGGAUUGAAUGAGGUUGCUAUCUUCUCUCCAUUGGACAGUUCAGCUCCUGCUCCAUGGUUAGUUCUAACAUCUCCUCACUUGUUUCCUGUCCAUCAGAGUACCAACAGCAACCUACCUGAUGGAUCUGCCAUUGCACUGGAACUGUCAUUGCUUGUUGCACAGCCGCAGGCUUCCUGGCCACUUCUUCUCAAGGUUCUCACAAUGCGUCACUACAGAGUUACAUGCAUAAUUUUACAACAUUUCAUGCAACAUUUUUGGAAUGUGACCAUUCAACCUGCAUGUCAUAACGUGAAGGAUGCGAAGGAUACCCAAGAACAGAAAGGUGAAGCAAAACAAUGUGGUGGCUUUCUGUGUGGUGGCAGGGGCAAUUGCUCUCUUGGUGGCAACGUCUCAGAACAGCAUUUGCCACCCAGUGUAAUUAUUUCAUCACUCGUCUACAUUGUGGCAGUGGUGGGAACACAACAUGACCUGGCACAUGUGCUAGUUCCAGUAUUAGAAAAGAAUUCUGAUUCCUGGGGCUGUUGUCUUGAUAGACGACAGGUAUGGAACCAGAGUCGCCCCCCUUGGCUAGAAGCUGUAAUAUCACCACUAGAGCCAGUUCUGUUUCCUGUGGUUGAGACUUUGUCAGUCACUUUUGCUGGAGGCUGUUCCUUGGAUCAGGGUAUAGAUGUUGUAAUGGACUGCCUUAUACAGCUGUCCGACUGUCUCCCUUCUUUGGUGCUUCGAGCAGCAGCAGUUCUUGAGGAUGCCAUACCAGCAGAUAUUCAUCCUUUGGCCAAUUCGGUGUUGCUGCAGCUCGUGGUGGCAGCCUUGUACUCUCAGUUGCUGGCUACUGGUGGGAACACUUCUGCUACAGCACUCGCAGAAGCACUGUGCAGCCUCGAUCACUCUGGGCAGCAUAACAGCAAGAUUGACGCUUUCAUUCAUGCGGCUGUAGAGUGUGCACAGAUCUCAAGCCAGGAUGGUAACUGUGUGACCAUGGAGGCAUCACCAUACACAGCAGAGAUACUCGUCAGCAGGCUGUUGCUUAAUGCAGCAGGCCAACGAGCUCUCAAGGUUAUGUGGCAAUUCAUGCAGCACAGUUGGCAGUGGUUGCUGGGACAACUGGGAGCCCUUGAACCUGGUGAAGUGACCCCUUCUACUCCACCCCUUGUCCCGACCACUGCAUCUCGACCUGCUCUUACCAAAUUGCUGCACACUAUGUUCCAUGUGGGGCACAGGCAGUUUGACCAAUUGUUGGCAGGGACUUGGGAGCUGGACUGGUACAGAUUGCUUCAAACUCCUCUCUCACUCACACCAGAACGUCUAUGGAAUCAGUUGUCAAGCCGUUCAGAGUUUCAUGAAUCAUCAUCAGGUCUGCUAAAUGAACAUGAUACAGCUGUUGUUGCUAUGCUGUCUGGAUUGUUCCAGUUGAUAGCAGCUACACCAUUGAAUCAGUGAUGAUAAGAAUGACAAUGAACCUGACUGCUUCUAUUUCAGAGCAGGAAUAUUAAAUGACUGCAGUUUUCUUUUUACUUUUCAUUGGUUGCACUGUCUGAGUUUGGGCACUUUAAACAUUUGUGGGAAAUAAUUUAGCAGUUAAUUACUGUGAAACUCCAAAAUAAUUAGCUUGUUAUUUUAUGAUUUGAGAUAUGACAUGAAUAAAGUAGUGUUACAGGGAGAAAAAUGUUGUACGGCUGUUUUAGAGGACAGAAUUUGCAUUGUCUUUCUCAGACCCUUCUCGUAAGACAUAACUAUCUUCUGCAUAACAGUUACUAAUGUUUUCCAAACCUAGUAAGCACUGUGUCAGAGAGUUUCUUCUGUAUUAAAUUUCAGAGUAUGGACCUGUUCUACAUUAAAAUGUUGUUUACUGUUUUAAGCUGUGUUGUUAGUCUUAUACAUAAUACCAGACAAAGAUU